GGCUGAGGGGGGAGAGGCUGCUACGGCGGCGGCCCCUCGGGACGGGGACUGCGCCCUCUGCCCGCCCCCAGGCAAGCCCAGCCGGGGGCAGGAGCGUCCGACCCCGACAGCGGACCCAGCUCGGGGCAGGGGCGUCCGCUCCUCUCCCCCCCCCCCCAUCGCAGAGCAGCCGGGGGCAGGGGCGUCCGCUCCUCUCCCCCCCCCCCCAUCGCAGAGCAGCCGGGGGCAGGGGCGUCCGCUCCUCUCCCCCCCCCACCCCCAUCGCAGAGCAGCCGGGGGCAGGGGCGUCCGCUCCUCUCCCCCCCCCCCCCUCGCAGAGCAGCCGGGGGCAGGGGCGUCCGCUCCUCUCCCCCCCCCACCCCCAUCGCAGAGCAGCCGGGGGCAGGGGCGUCCGCUCCUCUCCCCCCCCACCCCCAUCGCAGAGCAGCCGGGGGCAGGGCGUCCGCUCCUCUCCCCCCCCACCCCCAUCGCAGAGCAGCCGGGGGCAGGGGCGUCCGCUCCUCUCCCCCCCCACCCCCAUCGCAGAGCAGCCGGGGGCAGGGGCGUCCGCUCCUCUCCCCCCCCACCCCCAUCGCAGAGCAGCCGGGGGCAGGGGCGUCCGCUCCUCUCCCCCCCCCCCAUCGCAGAGCAGCCGAGGGCAGGGGCGUCCAUCCCCCUUUGCAGACCCCCUUCACCCGCAUUGCAGACCCAGCUGGGGCCUGAAGCAUCCGACCCCCACGCAGCGGGGCGGCAGGUUGGAAAUGUAGGCUGUCUGUUGGAUGCUUGACUAGGAUGUUUUCGCAAGCCAGAGCAUCCCUGCUAAUCAUUGCCUGAUCAAUGGCUCAGAAGUGCUGAUAGAUUUUUUUUUUUUUUUUUUUAAACACCUCCUCAGAGAUGCCUGAUGAGACACUUCAAAACAGCAGUGGGAUGGAGGAAGCAGUGCAGAGGGAGAACAAGGCUGGAACACGCAGCCCGCACCGAGGCUCCCUGCGGAGAGCUGUGGCUAUGGCAGUGACCUUUGAUGGAGAAGCCACUAUGGACAGAAGGAAAAAGAAAAAGAAAGAGUCCCGUCCAGAGUCUAUUAUAGUUUAUCGGUCGGAGAAUGAAAAUAAGGUGGAAGAAGAGCAGUUGGAUGAGGAAGGAAGGGAGAGAAGUUCAGAAGAAGGCUCCAAGUUCUUGGGAAAUUCUGUGGCAGACGGUGCCUGGAGCAUGCCCUUAGACAGCCGAUAUGUUACUUUAACUGGAACUAUUACAAGAGGAAAGAAGAAGGGCCAGAUGGUGGACAUCCAUGUUACGCUAACAGACAAAGAGCUACAGGAGCUGGCUAAGUCAAAGGAGCCUCCAAAAGAUGAGACACCAGAAGGAAAGAAGACUUGCGACGUUGGAUUGGACAGGGGCCCCCAUGUCCUGCUCUGGAGCAUCAUCUGCCUUCCUGUCAUCUUUGUAGUGUCCUUUGUGGUUUCCUUUUACUAUGGGACCAUCACUUGGUACAACAUCUUCUUGGUGUACAAUGAAGAGAGGACCUUCUGGCACAAGAUCACCUUCUGCCCCUUACUGAUUAUCUUCUAUCCUGUCAUAAUCAUGGUCAUGUCUUUCUUCCUAGGCUUGUAUACGGCAGUUACUCAGAUUGCGUGGUCCUUUGGCGGCUGGUGGCAUGCCGUGAGUGAUAUGGAGAAGGGAUUCUGUGGCUGGUUGUGUAGCAAGCUGGGCCUAGAAGACUGUUCCCCAUACAGCAUUGUUGAACUGCUAGAUUCUGACAAUAUCUCAGGUAGUCUGUCUGGCAAAGGCUCUGCACAGGGUGUUGAGACUUCAGCAGUUUGAGGCUUUGUCCUGCCUGACUCUUGACUUUCUUGUUCACAUGUAUUAUGAAUGGUGCACCACACAAAGAACUACGCUUACUUUUUUAUCUUUGAGCACGCACUUAGAGAAUGAAAACUUAGGAGUUGGGGGGAGAAGGGAAGUUAAAUGUGCACAGAGCACCAAAAUGCGGGAUGAGAGUCUGGCAUUUGUUGUCAGGUGAACAUGCAUGGUUAUGUCAUAGGGCUGCUUAGCUGAUCUCUUUUAAUAUUUGGUUUUAGCAAAUCACAACUGUAUGUAAUUGUGAGAAGAUCCAGGUGUGUGGGGUUAAGGUGGGAAGCUGUAUAGGUAUGUUGGGAUGAGUGGCAAAAGCCCUGCACUUCUGCAAAAGGCAGUUCUAUCCUUUCCGCCCUAAAACUAGACUAUAUAGUGAAUAUAGACCUAGCUAAAAGAGUCUGUUCUCUGGACAAUCCCUGUACCCAACACCUGCUGAAAUCAGGAGAACUAUGCUUAUCUGGUGCUAGAGGCUAGAUUGAAAAGUGCAUGGUGUUACUAAAGUUGUCUUAGAAACCAGUUGUGACAGGUUCGGUCACAGAGACCCCCCCCCUUGGACUGUCACCUGAUGUGCUGAGACUAUCUCUGAGCCAUUUUUCUCUACCAGCAUGGGACUCCAGAACCCUGCCUUGUUGACACAGACACGCUAGCCAGAUGCAAGACAGACCCAGGUCUGGUCCAUGCCCCUAAAGCUGCAGACUUUAACCAAAAACUGCUCUGCAGGUCACCUAUCUCCAGCACCGAGGCACCCAGUUCCCAAUGGGAUCCAAACCCCAAAUCUGUUUUACUCUGCAUAAAGCUUAUACUGGGUAAACUCCUAAAUUGUCCCCCCUCUAUAACACUGAUAGAGAGAGAUGCACAGCUGUUUGUUCCCCCGGGUAUUAAUCACUUACUCUGGGUUUAUCAAUAAACAAGUGAUUUUAUGAAGUAUAAAAAGUAGGAUUUAAAUGAUUUCAAGUAAUAACAGACAGAACAAAGUAAGUUACCAACCAAAAUAAAACAAAACACGCAAGUCUAAGCCUAAUAUCUUAAGAAACUGAUUACAGAUAAAUCUCACCCUCAGAGAUGUUCCAGUAAGCUUCUUUCCCAGGCUAGACUCCUUCCUAGUCUGGGGCCAAUCCUUUCCCCUGGUACAGUCCUUGUUAGUUCCAGCAGGCAUCUUCGAUGAAAAGCAGGGGAUUUCUUGUGACUGGAACCCUCUUUGUUCUGUUCCACCCACUUUUAUAUCUUUAGCACAAGGCAGGAAUCUUUGAUCUCUCUGGGUUCCCACCCUUCCUUCUAAAUGGAAAAGCACCAGGUUUAAGAUGGAUUCCAGUAUCAGGUGACAUGUUCACAUGUCCUAUGAGACCUCUCCAUUCUUCCAGGGCUGGCCCGCACUUAUACAGGAAGACUUUCAGGUAAAUAUAAACCAUUUACAACCAAUUGUCCUAGUCAAUGGGCGCAAUCAAGAUUCUAAACCACCAUUAAUGGCCUACGCUUUGCAUAAUUACAAUAGGACUUGUAUUGUAUGAAUGAAUGUAUGUAUGUAUUCAUAUUCCUAGUUUCAGAUAAAAGAAUGAUACAUUCAUACAAUUAGGAUGAACACACUCAGUAGAUUAUGAGCUUUGUAAUGAUAUCUUAAAAGAGACCUUUUGCAUGAAGCAUAUUCCAGUUAUGUCAUAUUCACACUUAUAAACAUAUUUUUGUAAAGCAUAUGGAGUGCAAUGUCACACUGGUAUGUUGGGAAAGGUGUUUCAAUAGUUCACACAAAUGCAACAAACCUUGCAAGUACUCUGGCUGCUGCAGCGAAGAAUGUAUAGUGGUUUGAAAGGCAACCUCGAUACUGAAUUAUCUGGUUUGGUGUGCAAGCAAAAGCUCAGGUUGUAUCAAAAGGUUCCUCCUUUAGCAGCAUAAGAAAGAAGCAUCUCCACUGAACAAGAACCAGGAGUUUGUACUUGUGAAUGCAGUGUGUGUUUGUGUGGAGCAGUAGCACAUGUAGUUAGAGCUGCACAGAUGAUAUGUGCAGAGGGAAAGUCUUUCUACGUAGAUAUGAGGCAACAGAAUGGCCUGUCUUGCUGUCCUGAUAGGGCAGUGAAUCUAUUUGGAAUGGGAGAUCCUGAGCCAGUGUCAUUUAGUGCUAAUGCAAAAUGCAUUAAUGUCUCCGGCUGGAAAUCCGACCCCCCAUUACUUGACUCCAUACAGUUAAUUAUACUGAGCGCUGAUGGACUUCUACCUUCAUUUUAAGUCUGUCCCCUUCCCCCCGUAUUUCAUUGUCAUGGAUGUUUUUCUUCUUUUGGAGACAUUCAUGGUGUCAUCACCUCCUGGAGGAACAUUUUUAAGGCAUUUAAAGACUGGCACAGAAGCUCCUUUCUGAUCCCUAUCUUGACUGUAAGGUUUCGGACUGGGAAGGUGGGUGGUAGUUGAGUUACAGGUGUCCAAAAGAUAGAUGUAGUUUAUAAGUACUCUGCACACACAUACCUCUACAGCAGUGGUUUUCAACCUUUUUUAUUGUUUCCAGACCUCCUAAAAAUGUUGAAUAGAGGUGCAGACCCCUUUGGAAAUCUUAGACAUAGUCUGUGGACACCCAGGCGUCCGUGGACCACAGGUUGAAAACCACUGUUCUACAGCAAGGUUGGUAACAGUGAAAGGCCUGGAGCCUGAGCCCUAUACUUCCACGUCCCCAGGGUACAGACAUUAAGGGCAGCAACCGAUCAAUCUUCCCCUUCACUGCCUCACUCCCAGCAUGGAAGGGCCCACCAGUCACAUGCGUGGAGAUAGAUGAUUCAUAGUCCAUGUGCAAUCUAUUCAAAUAAUGUGGCCUUCAUGGGUGUAUGCACUUUUCUCCCCUAGCAGAGGGCUUAUCUGCUUUUGUCUUGGGGUUGCUGAAAGCUUGUUUCUCACACACUGGGUUUAGCGGGGACACUGACCUUCCCAGCAUGGGGACUUGGCUUGUUUAAACUGUGUGUGUAUGCUUGACCUCUUCCUUCUGCAGCUCACUGCUGGGCACUGCUGGCCAGAUAGGAUGCAAAGCAGCCUGCUUUAGGUACAGCUGUAUUUCCACAUCUGUGCUUGCUCCAGCUUCACUGUACUGAAUCUGGUGCCUGGAGAAGUAAACAAACGACAGCACAUUAGCAGGUGAAGCAGCAAAACCAAAUGUGUGCCAAAGAGAUAGGGGAAAAAAAAAUCCAGGAACAAAGAUUAAAGCCAGCCAUAAGCAGAGCUUCUCAGCUUCCGAGAAUAGCAUCGUACGUUAAAGAGAAUCUCCUGGUCUCUUUUCACAUCAAACUAAUCUCAGUAGAAUUUUACUCCUCCCGACACUGAUCCCUUUUUCUGGGCAUUGGUCAAACCUCUACUUACGUCUGUAGUUGUAACAAGGAUUAGGAUUCCGACUUGCAGUUGUGUCUUGCAGGGAAAUGAAGUGAAUGCCACUGGCUCCUUGGACUUCAUGUACAAAAAUCUAAACUGCUGGGCACACUUUUGUGCCCAACACCUGGGAAGCCCCUAAACAUUUGGGAGAUUUCUGAAUUCGUAGUGCCGGUGUCUUUUUUUAAAUCACUGUGCAAUGUUCAGCUCUGAAACGAAUGCUCCUUAACUUGGAAAGAGUAGGUGUAAUUAUGGUAGGGGAGGCAGAAACUCUGGACCAAAGACAUUUGAACCAACUCUGGACUGAAGCACAAAUUGUCCCAAUCUGUUGUUCUUUGGAUUUAUCCCUUCAGCCAAGCAUCUCAAAGCACUCUGAGAACUUCUGUGAAUCCUUGCAUUGCCACUGUCGGGUGGGGGUGCCAUGCCUAUUUUAUAGGUAGGGAACUGUGGUACGUGGAAGGUGAGUGACUUGCUAGAGAUCACCCAGCACCUGACUGGUCUAGCCAUGAAUGGAACACACGAGUCCUGACUCUUGGUCUCCUCUAAUAGAUAUGGUCCAUUAGUAAUUGUCUAGUAGCCCAGUCUCACUUUUUUUAGCAGCUUCUUAAAGACAGGGGGUCCUCUCUGGUAGGAAACAAACCUUUUGAGACAAUAGGAAAUACCUUCCUCUCAGAAAAUCACAACUCUAUUCAGCAUUGGGGUCAAUUCAAGCAAAGGUGGUGCCUCACACAAAGCUGAUCUCCUGGAGUCGUUUUCCUAGAGGCCUGACCCGCCGCUUUUUCCCGUCUUCUGAUGCCUGUAGUAAGAAAUGCAAGAAAUAAGUGGCUGAGCCUUGGCAGUCUGUUUCAAUUGGCCCAGGGCCACUGAUCCAUUCUGAAAUACCUCACCUGGGAACAGCAGGUGCACAGAAGUCUGGAAGGGCUUAAGUUGUACAAAACUGGGAGAGGGUUAGUCAUGAGAACUCUCCCUUAUGAGACACUGCCAGCUUCCUAUUCUCCUUACAAGAAGCACCAGGUUGAUUCAGAAGACUGUUUUGUUUACUUUGGGUCUGCUGCAUAUAUUCGCAGUGGAUGCUGGGGGCGGGAAGGCAGGCAGGCAUCACUGCAGGUGGAGAAGGAAGAGGAGCAGUUCAGCUACUAUUCACAAACAGUGAAUGCUCAGACCUGAGUCAACAGCAUAAAGGGCCCUUUAGCUCCCAGAGGGCUUGGAUGGUAAAUACUAGACACAACACAGCUUUGUACAGUGUCCGUUCUCUGCUCUGCUCUGCUCUUGGAUUCACCCAAAAGAUGGGAAGCUGUCUGCUGGAGAGGAGCAGCCGAAAUCAAAUGUGUGCCUCUUACUGCCGCAUACACCCAAAGGAGGGUCAGAUGAACUGUCCUCCUCAUACACACAUUACAGUUAGGCUGCUGGACAUGCUGAAAUUGCCCUAUGAAGCCCUUUGAAUGGGCUAUACCUGUACAAUAUGUAAUCUGUUUUCUACUUGGAUAUAAAUACCAGGUCUGCGCUUACUCCUGUUGUCCUCAGUGGGAUGGUCCAUCACUGACUUCAGUGGGAACAGGUUUGGACCCUGGGUGAUUUCUGGUGCUAUUUAUAGUAGCUUUUGGACCUUUCGAAAACCAAAAUGCUAGACUCCCCCCCCCCCCCCACCUGCUUGCCUAAUGCUGCAAAGUAUCCGUAAGCUUAAGAACUGGAUGUGAUUGGAAAAAAAGCACAACCGCUUGCUUCAUUCCUCCCCUUGCUGUUUAAAAGCUCAUGAAUAUUUUUGCUUGUGUGCCAUUGUCAAACUGCAGGGCUCCCCAGGAAUCAGUCCCAGUGGCUGAAUGCGUAUCCGGCUGCCCUUGUUUGGAUGUUGGUUUUAAUGUAAAGGAACAGUCUCUCUGUUGCUUUUUGACUGUGCUUUCCCCCUUCCAUCCUGGCUGGCCUGGUGGAGAGUAAAGAUGCAUCUGGCUUUGGGAAAGUGACACACUCACCUUCUUGCUUGACUUUGUAUUUAAAAAAAAAAUCACACAAUGCUAUUGUUUUUUCUGUGCUGAUGAACGAUCAUAAAUUGUCUCUGUCUAGAGUCCCAAAUUAA